GUCGAGCGCGCAGGCGCAGAACUCCGGCGGGCCUGAGGAGAACAAAAUGGCGUCUGAGGUGGCGGCUACGGCGCCCGUCUUGUCCGGUCUGGAGAGCGGGCCCAAAAUGGCCGAGCCUGGCGGCGGGAUGAUGAUGGCGGCAGGCGGCGGAGCGCCGAACGGGGCUGGCAAUGGAGGCGACGGGCUCCCCAAGAGUGAAGGUGAGCGCUCGAGCCAGAACGAGAAAAGGAAGGAGAAGAACGCCAAGCGUGGAGGAGGGAGCCGUUUUGAGCCCUACGCCAGCCCUUCGAAGCGGUACCGGGCCUUCAUCACCAACAUCCCCUUUGAUGUCAAGUGGCAGUACCUCAAAGAUCUGGUGAAAGAGAAAGUGGGUGAGAUAACAUACGUGCAGCUCUUAAUGGACGCUGAAGGAAAGUCAAGGGGAUGCGCGAUCGUUGAAUUCCAAAUGGAGGAGAGCAUGAAGAAGGCCGUGGAGGUCCUCAAUAAGCACACGCUCAACGGCAGGCCUCUGAAAGUGAAGGAGGAUUCUGACGGGGAGCAUGUCCGAAGAGCAGUCCAGAAGGCCAUCGCUGCUUCGGGGGGUGGAGCAACGGGAGCCCCAGGGGGGCCCGGCAUGGUCAGCAUCCCGUCAAGCAUCCUCAACAACCCCAACAUCCCAAAGGAGAUCAUCCACGCCCUGCAGGCUGGCCGGCUGGGGAGCAAGGUCUUCGUGGCCAACCUGGUUUAUGAAGUCACAUGGAAGAAGCUGAAGGAGGUGUUCAGCAUGGCCGGGGUGGUCGUCCGGGCGGACAUUCUGAAAGACAAAGACGGCAAAAGCCGGGGAAUCGGCACCGUGAUUUUCGAGCAGCCCAUUGAAGCUGUCCAGGCGAUCUCCAUGUUUAACGGGCAGCUGCUCUUUGACCGGCUGAUGCUUGUGAAGAUGGACGAGCGUGCUCUGCCCAAGGGGGAAGUCUUCCCUUCCGAGCGGCCCCAGCAGCUUCCCGAUGGCCUCGGAGGCAUCGGCAUGGGGUUGGGGCCUGGAGGGAUCCCGAUUGAUGCCAACCACCUGAACAAGGGACUGGGCAUGGGUAACGUGGCCCCUGGAGGAAUGGGCGUGAAAGGCUUGGGUUUAGGGAUGAACAAAAUGGGAGGGAUGGAGGGCCCUUUCGCUGGCAUGGAGAACCUAGGCCGUUUCCCUUCGGGUAUGAACCUUGGAAGCAGGAUGAGUGAAAUGGACCGGGCCCUCGGAGGCGGCUUUGAGAGAGACUUCCCGCGAAACGAGAUGGGAAUGCCUCGUGGUUUUGGGGACGCCCUGGACAGAGGGAUCGGUGGUGGCGGUGCCACAGCCAGCCUCUCCGCCAUGGACCGCAUGGCCCCCGGGCUAGAGAGACUCCCCUCGGGGAUGGGGCACGGGAUGGAAAGGAUGGGCUCAGAGAUGGACCGGAUGGGGCUGGUGCUAGGCCGCAUGGGCUCUGGAGUGGAUAGGAUGGGGUCCGGGAUGGAGCGGAUGGCCCCCUUAGGGAUCGACCACCUGGCCUCCAGCAUCAAUCGAAUGGGCACUGGGAUGGAAAGGGUGGGGGCCGGCCUUGGCCUCGACCGCAUGGGCUCGGCCAUGGACCGCGUGGGGGCUGCCAUGGACCGCAUGGGGGCCGGCGUCGACCGCAUGGGAGCCGGCAUGGACCGCAUGGGGCUGGGCAUGGACCGCAUGGGGCUGGGCAUGGACCGCAUGGUCCCAUCCAGCAUGGGUCCCGUCAUGGAUAGGAUGCCCGCGGGCCUGGACCGCAUCGGGGCCGGCCCCCUCGACCGGAUGGGGCUGGACCGCUUGGCGGCCACCAACAUGGACCGGAUGGGGCUGGAGCGCAUGGGGGCGGUGGCGGUGGCCGCUGCGGCCGCUGCCACCAGCAUGGAAAGGAUGGGGCCCUCCAUGGGGCAGGGCUUGGGGGCCGGGCUGGACCGGAUGGGCCUGGCCAUGGGGAGCACCUUUGAUAGGAGCCUGGAGAUGGAGCGGGGCAACUUCCCCGCUGGAAACUUUGCUGGGGGCCUCGGGGCGGGAGGACCAGUCGCCGCCCCGCCUGCUGCUGCACCAGCCUGGAAAGCCUGCCAGAUUUUUGUGAGAAACCUUCCCUUUGACUUCACCUGGAAAAUGCUGAAAGACAAAUUUAACGAGUGUGGUCACGUUCUGUACGCAGACAUCAAAAUGGAGAAUGGGAAAUCGAAAGGGUGUGGCGUGGUCCGGUUUGAUUCCCCAGAAGUGGCUGAGCGGGCCUGCCGUAUGAUGAACGGGGCUCAGGUGUGCGGCCGGGAGAUCGACGUGCGGAUCGACCGAAAUGCUUAAAACGCUAUUUUUAAAAAAAUUCAAAAGGGAACGAAUGCGAUUGAGAGAGAGAGAGGGAAAAAAACUUGGUUUGUACUUUUGUCACAUUGAGACUUUUUUUAAGUUGCUUGAGUGUCUCAAAACAACAACAACCGUGAAACAACUCAGUUGCUUCCUGGAAUGAUUUUAAUUCCUUUUUUUAAAAAAAAGAAAUUGAGGGUCUAUUUCCAUUUUACUGUCUUUUUGUUCUUUCACCUUGAAAUUGUUUAAAUGUGUGCAGUCCUGGUUCUUUGUAGAUGUCGCCCCCGGGUUGACCGAAAACGAUGUAUUCCAGUACAUUUUGAGAAAUAAAACUUUUGCCAGUUAA